UGUAUUUGUUUUGACCAUCUGGAUAACAAAAGCAGGUUUUUCCUCUACUAUUUGCUUUAUACGCUAAAAGAGAUGAGAGCAUUCUGUCCAGUCCGCUCUGUCGAGCACCUCUCAUGUCUAUCUAAAGGGCUUUUCACUACCUCAAGCAUUUGAGGAUGAGCCAUAACGGUUACUUGGUGCUGAUUAGCGGUGAUGAAGUAGUGCAAUGGUGGUGUCGUGUGAGGAAAACCAAAGAUGUUAUACUGCUAGAGAUGAAGUGUUGCAUGAACUUCUGUUAACACAUGUAUAGGAGGAUUCGACUUCCAUUUCCUGCAAAACACUUCUCCUGCAAAGCAAAGUUCGCUGAUUCUGGGGUAGAUGGAUUGUUCAGCUUGAAAGUGGUGCCUCCAACCUUGUUAGCAGCAGAAAAAGAAGAAGCCAAGGCUGUUUUGACCCUGUUCUUAAAGAAACAAGGAUUGAGCAAUGCAGUUGCAGCAAGAACCAUCAACAAGUCAGACCUUUUCAUCGAUCACCUAGUCUCAAGGCUUCAUUCUGUUCAUAAAUCUCGAUAUCUAGUAGGACGUGAGCUUACAACUCUUGAGAUCAGGGACGCUCUUAUUCCAUUCCUUGAAGCCCUUCUUGAAGAGCAUGGGAACUUCAUGGUAGAUGUAGUGGAAAACUUUCCACACCCACCUGUUAAAGAAAAAACAGUUGUGCCAGUUUCUCAACCCAAUCUGACCCUUGACACUAAGAAGCUAAAGGCCAUCUCUCGAGUGAGUGAGAUAGACCAAGCCGGGAAGCUUCGCCCUCAUGUUCUCUAUCUCAUAGAGCUUGGUAUGGAUCUUGAGCAGAUCAAGGGAAUUACACAAAGAUUCCCAGCUUUUGCCUACUAUAGCUUGGAGGGAAAAAUCAAACCAGUGGUUGAGUUUCUUCUUGAGCUUGGGGUACCAAAAUCAGAUAUUCCCACCAUCCUCAACAAAAGGCCUCAGUUGUGUGGAAUCAGUCUCUCCGAAAACCUUAUACCCACUAUGACGUUCUUGGAAAAUUUGGGUGUGGACAAGAAACAAUGGGCAAAAGUGAUAUAUCGCUUUCCAGCACUUCUCACUUAUAGCAAGCAGAAGGUGGAGACCACUGUAGAAUUUUUUUACGAGAUGGGCCUCUCAGCAGAGAGAAUUGGUAAGAUUCUGACACGCGGCCCACACAUUAUUGGUUACAGUGUGGAGGAGAAGUUACGGCCAACUGCUGAGUACUUCCAUUCUUUGGGGGUUGAUGUUCCUGUUCUUCUCUAUCGUUGUCCACAGACUUUUGGUCUUAGCAUAGAGGCCCAUUUGAAGCCAGUGACAGAAUUCUUUUUGGAGAGGGGAUACAGUAUCAAGGAAAUUGGGACCAUGAUCUCAAGAUAUGGAGCGUUGUAUACUUUUAGCUUGCCACGGAAUUUGAUACCGAAAUGGGAGUACUUUUUGACCAUGGAUUAUUCCAGAUCAGAUCUAGUGAAAUUCCCUCAAUAUUUUGGUUAUAGUUUGGAAGAAAGGAUUAAACCGAGGUAUGCACAGGUGAAGGAGUUGGGGGUUUCAAUGCUGCUGAACCAGGUGUUAUCGCUGUCGGGUAGUGACUUUGAGAAGACUUUGAAAAAGAAAGUGAAGAAAAUGUUCCCUGACAAGGAUACGAGUUGUAGCAGCAAUGACGUUUGUUGAGGCCGGGUACAAGAAGGUUUGAGGUUUGUAUGCAGAUUUAUAACUGUACAUGGUACACUAUUAAAGCAUCGUUGUGGGGUGCAAUUGCCAGCUCAGAAACAAAUAUUGGUGUCGUUGAGUGAGCAUAAGAAUUAUUGCACUGUAUUGGAAAAUUUUGAUCAUGUAGACAAAUCUACAGCUGCAUUUGCAAGCUAUGGCCAUGUCAGUGCUGUUGUGAGGCUUAAUCAAGUUUCUUACAUUUUGGUGCAUGAUGCUACAUGCAAGAAAGGGAAUGAAGAUCCAUCUACCAUCCCCGGUCAUCUCAAUCCCCCGCAGCCCCCACUCCUGGCGGGUGAAGGACUACCUGCUUGGUGGUGCUAUAUAUUCUCUGAUGAUGAGACAAUAGGAAAGUAUAGAAGCAUAAUGGUUGUUUUAUUGAAAUAGUAUUCCAUCUGAUUCAAUUCGAGUAUAGCUUCCCAAGGGUGUAGCCUAAUUCUGCGUCUCUAGUCUUGUAUUGCUAACAUGACCUUUUGUUACUUCGGAACAAACAAAUUAGGGAAACUUACAUGUUACUCUCUGAAUUAUAAGUUUUUUUUUUUUUUUA